AUGGCGACGACGCGGACGCCGCGCGUAUCGGAAGGGAGCAUCCCGUCGUGCCGCUUCUGCUUCGAUGGGGGCUCGGACGACGAGCCUCUCGUGACGCCGUGUCGAUGCACGGGAACGAGCGCGCACGUGCACGCGCGAUGUUUGCUGAAGUGGCAAACGUGGCGGAUCCUGACGACCGCGUCGAGCGGGGGAGGGACGGAAGAGCGCGCGAAAUCGCUCUCGUGCUCGGUGUGCAAGGCGACGUACGCGACGGCCCCGCCGUCGAUGUCCGAGCUCUUAACGCACGUGCGCGGCGAAGGCGGCGCGUCGCUCGCGGCGCUGCUCGUCCCCGGCACGCUCCUCGUUCGAAACGUUUCGCAGUUUGACGAAUCAUCGCUCGCGAACGCGCCCCAGUGGCUGCGGUGGGUGUUCAACCGAAAGCGCGCGCACUGGAACAAGGCGGUGUAUCUGAUCACGAAGGUUGUCCCGGGACGAGGCGUGGGCGGGACCGACGUCCUCGUCGGCGUGAACCUCACCGCGCGUCUCGAGAAGGCGACCAGGAAUUCGCGCGGAGACGACGACGACGACGAGGAGAAGCCCCUCGAGGCGGAAGGGCUGAGCACGUCGGACGAUGAUGAUGAGGAGGAGGACGACGACGAUGGGGAGAUCGAGGUAAACGAGGAGGAGAAGGAGGAGGAGGAGGAGGAGGAAAACGACGACGACGAAGCGCGAGGUCGACCGCGGCGGCGGCUCGCGGACGCCGCCGCCGCCGACGACGACGAAGACGCGACGACGUCCUCCGCGAGCGAUGGCCGAGACGGCGAGAUCGCGGACCCCGCGCUCGCCGCCGCGCUGAGCGAGACCGAAGAAGUCCACGCGUCCAUGAGCAACGACGCCGCCGCGCUGCUCGAGCUCGAGGACGACGACGAGACGUUCGGGGACUUGUCGCUGGAGAUGAUGCCGCACGUCCGGAGGUACGUCGGCGGCCCCGUGCGAAGGGAUAAGCGCGUCGUGCUGCUCGUGUCCUCCGCCGCGGAGAGCACGCUGUCCGCGCCGACGAUCGCGCUGCCGUUAGACGCGGACGUCGAGGGCGCGGGCGCGAGCGCGGAGCGCGCGUACGUGUACCACCAGCGCGGCUCGGACGCCGCGGAGUACGUCGAGGAGGUUCUCGCGGAGGCGGUCGGGGACGCGCUCAACGCCGCGGGGGACGACGACGACGACGACGCCGCGGGCGACGGCGGCGGCGGCGGCGACGACGACGACGACGAGAUCGUCGUGCCGAAAGUGCACGUGUUCAACGGCCACGCGCGAUGGAGCCGUUCGCAGCUCAUGAACGAGGUCGCGCGCGGGGACUGGGGUCUGUGCCCGGCGACGAGACGCGACCUCGGCGCCGGGUGGCGGGUCGCGGGGAACGCUUUUUGGUCGACGUUGUUCGACUCGGGGCGACCGAUUUUCGCGAAAGUCGGCGAGUGACGCGCCUCCGACGGACGCGCGUCGUACGUAGAUAUGAUAGCUUUAGGUACCGCAUUACACGCACGGU